AUGGAAAUGAAUGGUCAGAACUGGAAGUCACAGGUGCGUGCGGUGCAGCAGCGAGGGCACAGAGGGGAGUCUACCCACCUGAGGUGGAAAAGAGGAAACGAGCCGCUUCAGACCUCUCUCGCCUCUGUCCCUCUCUCGCCUCUGUCCCUCUCUCGCCUCUGUCCCUCUCUCGCCUCUGUCCCUCUCUCGCCUCUGUCCCUCUCUAGCCUCUGUCCCUCUCUCGCCUCUGUCCCUCUCUCGCCUCUGUCCCUCUCUAGCCUCUGUCCCUCUCUCGCCUCUGUCCCUCUCUCGCCUCUGUCCCUCUCUCGCCUCUGUCCCUCUCUCCCUCUGUCCCUCUCUCGCCUCUGUCCCUCUCUCGCCUCUGUCCCUCUCUCGCCUCUGUCCCUCUCUCGCCUCUGUCCCUCUCUCGCCUCUGUCCCCUGUCCCUCUCUCGCCUCUGUCCCUCUUAUCCGCCAUGAGGUCUGUCUAGGGGCGUUUGCAUUUUUUAAUCCUUUAUGCCGAAACUCAUCCUCACAUUCCCAUCCCGCCAUUUCCAAUUCUCCAUCAUCCAUCCACGAUUCCGCUGUCCUACUCCCGCCGUCCUACUCCCGCCGCCCUGCUCCCGCCGCCCUGCUCCCGCCGUCCCUCCUUCCCACACCCCCCCCAUCGCCUCACCUACACGCCCAUAUCGACCUCCACUCCCAUUUUGAACCGCUCCUCGCCGAACACCACCGACACCUCUCGCGCCGCCAUCGCGGUUAG